AAUUAAUUAAUUUAAAACAAACAUUAAAUGAUUAUGAUUUAUCAAAAUAUAAGCAACAUCAAAGGUUCACUAAAAGGGUUAUAGGUGUAAUAUGUCCCUCAACUAUGACGUUUUAUCAAACAUGCCCCUCUACUAUUUUUUACAUCAAAUAUGCCCCUGUACUUUGAAAAAAUUAUCAAACAUGCCCUUUUGUUAAAAUUUUCAUUGAAAAAAUCGUCAAUCAUGGUUGAAUUGAGGUUUAGACGACCUGGCAUCGGCAAAUGGGAGAGAAAAUGUCAGUUUUGUCCCCUGUUUUAUUUCUCUGGGUCUUUUCAAAGUGAAAUUAUUUGAAUGAUUUGAUUAUAAAAAAAACCAAAAAAAUUCUAAAGUGAAUUUAUUCGGGAUAUUUUAGUCAUUUGUGUCGCCCAAACUAAAGUUCGGCCUUGGCUAACGGUUUUUGGAUGAAAAAUUUUAACAAAGGGGCAUGUUUGAUCAUUUUUACAAAGUACAGGGGCAUGUUUGAUGUAAAACAUAGUUGAGGGGCAUGUUUGAUAAAACGUCAUAGUAGAGGGGCAUAUUAUACCUAUAACCCUUCACUAAAAUAAUGGUAAAUAAAACAAAAUAUGAUGAAACAAACCUACCCAUGCUAAGUCGUUAGUUAUUAUUAUGAGAGGGGCAACAAUUCAACAAGAGUAAAUGUCAACCUUCAAUUUGAGCUUUGGGUUGAUAUAAUGUAUUAAAUAAUUUUGAAUUACUUUAUUCAAGUAGCUCUAAACUAUUCGAAAUAAAUUUUUUUAUACUUUUAGUAAAAAGUUGUGUUUUUUUCCUAUUGAAUGCUAGGCACAUUAGGGUAAAAUUUCGAACCAUAUGUAACGUCGUAACUCAGAUGGUUGAAGAUUAAGCCUAUCCAAUUAGAAAUUGAAUACAUCAAAGACAAAGUUACAUGUAGUCAUCAGAACCCAUACAUGAUGGUAAGAAAGAGAUAUAAACAAUCGAAAUCGUCUCCGAAUUUUUUGGCUUAUUUAUUCGAAAGUUGUCCAAUUUUUUUCAUUUACCUUUGUCUCUUCAGAAUUAAUUUUGCCAACAAACAAAACAACUUCUCCUUCUCUUUUUUCCUCAAUCCUCAGAGGAAGAUCAUCAAAUUCGAUUAGAGAUAGAUCAUUAGAUCUCUCCUUCCUCGCAUAUUCAUACAACAGCUUUGGCCCUGAACGAUAAGGGACAAAAGCAAGACACAAGAUAUCAUAAAUGGUACAUAUCAUAAAAUUGGUGAUUAGUUUUGUUCCUUUUUCUUAGUAUUACCAUUCCCUUUUAAAAUUUUGCAAGCUUUUUUUUCAGAUUUAGGGAGAAGAAAAGAGGUUUGAGAAAGAAGUGAGAUUAUGGGAAGAAAGAUAGAUCACCAAAACCAUCAGCCACAAUUCCCAGGGAGACAUCCAGGUUGCAUGUGGGGGAUACUUCAUGUCCUCAAGUACCAACGUUGGCGUUACAUCAAGAAACGCCUUCCUCAUCGAAGACCCUCUUCUACUCCGCAAGACGACGAUCAUCAACACCCUAUCGGGUUCCAUGGCGAAGGAGGUUACCACGACAAUUAUGGUUGGAAAGGAAGUGUUGAAACUCAAACGCAAUCGAACAAUGCUUACAAUAAUAAUCAAGGCUCGGUUGGCGACGAGAAAACAACCAAAUCAAAUUCCUCGACGAAGAGUUCUAUCAGAUCGAGAUUGAAAUCGCUCAUAUCCGACGAGCUUUAUCGAAAGAAAGGCAGCCAACAUCGCCGAAGUUAUACAUGUCCUGUUGGAGAACAACAGCAGCAACACCAACAACAACAACAUCAUGUUACAUUUUAUCCUCAAACUCAUGUAGAAACAGAGAAACCACUGCCACCAUUACCACCAGCAGCAGUUGAGGUAACGAAUGACGACGAACACGAGAUCGAAACCCGUGAUGUUCGAGAAAGUAAGUCGUCGAUUCCUCGCGAAGGGACGAGAUUCGACGAGGAUGGUUUCAGGAGCAAGGAAAUCUCGAAUGCCCUGGACAUGGCAGUCAUGAACAAGGAGUUUCUUGCUACGAUUUUACAUGACCGGCAUUCUCAUUUGGCCCCUCAAUCCACUGCUAGAAGGAACCGGUACUACAAGUCGAUGUCGUUCCCUUCAACGUCUCUCGAUUCUCCUUCGCUGAAAGAACCCCCACAGAAGCAACAGGGUGCGGGGAAAUCGAACGAGGCCGACAGACUUGCUCCACGACGACAACGAUUGGAAAGUCACCUACUCGACUCGAGAUCUUAUGCGCGCUCGCGCUCGAUGUCGACCAUCACCGCCGAGAACAGAGCAGAUGGGAUCUCGCAAUUGAUCAAGGGUCGAGGUGGUGGCAGCAGCAGAAACAAGACGGCGAUGAGGUGCUUGAAGGACCUCAAGCAGAAAAUCAGACAUGUGAUCACCAUGGAAGCUGUUCUUCACAGAAUCCCUCGAGGUGGUGGUGGAAUGUCCUCUGCCUCUGCCUCUGCGAAACAGCAAUCGUCGUCACCGAGUAAUAAAAAAGAAGGCGGGAAGGAGAAUGUAGUGGUGAUGAUGAGUCCAAGGAAGAGCUAUGAAGGUGAUUGCUGCAAAUACCUUCUAGCCAGCAAGAGUGAGAAUCAGAGGUUGAAGAGAACUUCCUCGCUCUGUGAAUCCUUGGAUAAGUAUUGUCAGUUGUACGAUUCUACAUUCAACAGAGGUCCUCAACGCAUGCCUGUGAAGCAGAAAACAGAGGACUCGUCGUCGUCGUCGAUUUCGCUUCCCGCGGUGGAGAAAUCGGGUGCAAAGGAAGAUGAAUCGACGAGUCCUGAUGAUCAAACACAAGCAUUAGUUGAGCCUGAUGUUGAAAUGACAUGUGAUGAUAAUGUGGUUUCAUCAACUCUGGCUCCUGAUGGGUUGAUUGUGAUGGAAGAGGAAGAGGAAAAGGAAAAGGAAGAGGAGGAAGAACAUAGAACUCCAGUGUGUGAGUUAUCAGUUGGGGAAUCAAACAAGGAUUUAGUUGAUGAACCCAUGUUUGUUAUAGAGGAUGAAGCCUCAAUCUCUGAGGAAGAAGCAAUUAGCUCUCCUCCAACCUUCUCCACUUUCAAAGAUUCAGAGCAAAUCCUGAGGAAUCUCAUUGCCAACAAGCUCAACUUCCUGGAAGACCAGAGAGCGGAGUCCAUCAUCGACGAGAUCAUAGUAGCCGAAGAAGAAAUCGACGAGAAGAACGAAUUCCAGUCGAAGAACGACGAUCGAGAAGAUCAUGACGAGGCGGUCGAGUUCAGAGUAGACCCGAACGAAAAGCCGAAGUUCGACUACGUGAAGGGAAUCCUCGACAUAUCGGGUUUCAGCAGGAAGGAGCUACUGGGAACAUGGCACUCCAACGAUCAACCGGUGGAUCCAGCGGUGUUCGAGGAGGCUGGACUGGACAGCAACUGCUACCACCAUCACUUGGCAAUGUUCGAUCUCAUCAAUGAAGUUCUAAUGGAGAUUUAUGCAAAGUCUCAUACCUAUUGCCCCAAGCCAUUGUCAUGGUUGUCACAAAUCAGGCCAAUGCCAGUUGGGUCUCAUGUGUUGAAGGAGGUUUGGGGGAAUGUGAAGUGGAGUUUGAGCUCACUGCCAGAUGAGAGUGAGCAAUUGCUGGAUUAUUUGGUUGGCAGGGAUUUGGGGAAGAGUGAUGGAUGGAUGAACUUGCAGUUUGAUUGUGAGUGUGUAGGGCUUGAGUUAGAAGACUGGAUUUUUGAUGAUCUUUUGGAUGAACUUGCUUUUGAGGAUGAUCCCAGAGGUUUUGCUUUUCGAUAAUCAAUAGCUGAAGGAAGCUUCUGCACAUAUUUGGGCUUGUACCAAGUCAUCUAGUUACCCUUUCUGAUUCAUGUAUGUAUACUAGGUAUUGAAAAUUUAU